CUGCCUUUCGCACCGGUUUUUAACGUUGUGCGGAGUUCAACAUAAUGUUUUUUUUUUCAGCUACAUCCAAACUGAAAUCGUUUGUCCCAUAAUCAUAACUGACUAUCUAUUUUGGUCUUUGUAUAUAUAGCAGCAAUGAAUCAUCACAAGGUGGCAAUUGUUGGUGCUGGAAUAUCGGGUCUUGCAGCUGCUCAGUUACUUUCUGAGAAAAAUGUCGAUUUUAUUGUUUUAGAGGCAAGAGAUAGAGUAGGAGGAAGAAUACAAACAUGCCGGGAAGGGCUGACACCGUAUGACUUGGGUGCUUCAUGGGCACACGACACAUUGACCAAUCCGCUUUUUGAUAAGAUAUUGAAUGAAUUGGAUGGAGCUGAGAAAGAUCGUUAUGGUUUAUAUUACGAUGACCAGCGACCACUAUAUUUUGGCUCAAAAGUAGGGCCAUACUACCUUGACAUUCAUAAAAUCGAACAAGUGGUUAAGGAGCUCGAGAAGUACAUUGAGCUUGAAUACUUUGAAGACAUAGACAAGUCCGAUGUUUCGUUGUAUGAAAUUGUUGUACAAUAUCUUAAAAAGCAAGGCAGAAUGCUUACCGAAGAGCAGGUGCUAUAUGCUCCGCAAUUGGUGAGACAUCUUGAGUUAUGGCAUGGUAUUGGUUGGAAAGAAAUGAGUUCUAAGUUUGGUUUGGUUGACAACGUAGGUAGAAACUGCUUAUUCAAAGAAGGGUAUGAUAAGGUAGUUACAGACAUUGUCUCUUCUCUGGAUGAGAAUAGACUUAUCAAGGAGGCAAUAGUGACAAAAAUAGAUCGUUCCAAACCUUCAAUUAGAAUAGAAUUAUCAGAAGGCUCAGAAAUUACUGCUGACUGGAUUAUUUGUACUAUUCCACAGAGCAUACUUCAGCUAAAAAGUGGUGAAAAAGGUGCCAUAGAAUGGGUACCUCCUCUUCCGAAUAGAAUCAAAGAAUCCUUGGGUAACAUGAGUUGGGGAAAACUAGGAAAGAUCAUUUUUGAGUUCGAUGAACCGUGGUGGGGCCAUCAUAAUGUUGACCGGUUUGUAGCUUUGGCAGAUCCAGAUCCUUAUCUUGUCAGUUUUUGGGAAGCUUUGAAGUCAAAAGCUACUCUGAACCUUAGUACACACAUAAAUCAGCCGAAGGCUCUUCCCGAUUCAUGGGAUUUCCCAGUCUUGAUGCUCAAUUUACAGAAGAUUGCCGACGUUCCUGCAUUGUUGUGCUUUACUCAAGGUGAUCUUACGGAAUACUUGGAACGAAAUCCGGAGCAAGCGUGGGACUAUAUGCGUCCAAUAAUAACCAAGCUCGCACAUCACAGCCUAGAAGGCCCAUCUAGUUUAGACGCUGAAAAUAUCAAACCUACAAAGACAUUUGUUUCAAAUUGGACUAUAGAUCCAUUUUCAAGGGGCUCGUAUGCUGCCUGCAAACCUGGUAACGACCCUACAGAUCUCGUCAUCCAACUAUCUAGAGGUAUGAACAAUGUUCGUUUUGCUGGUGAGCACACGAUAUUAGAUGGAGCAGGUGCGGUUCAUGGUGCAUGGAUGAGUGGUAGACGUGAAGCCCGUAAUAUCUUGAUCAAGGAGGGUAUUAUCGAAGGAGAAAUUGAAGAGUGGUAAAAACUGUUUAUGGAUAUUAGAUAGAAUUUAACGUUGUUCUUUUGUGACUACUAUUCACAGGAACGCUUAUAUGGUGGAAACACUAGAGGUAAACUGUUGUAAACUGUUUCAUUUGAUUAAAAUAUAAAGCAGCAUUUUAUUGAUUAAGCUAUAAACAAAUCCAU